AUGGCUUCCAAGGUUAUGUUCUCAUUCUUCCUCAUAUUCUCUUCAAUAGUUCAUCAAGGAAUCUCUCAAAGCCUUGAAGAACUUCUUGGAGGACUUGGAAAAAAUAUGGGAGUGGUGAAAGAAGCACAAUGCAUGCAAAAGCUAGUGGCUUGUAAUAAAUACCUGAAGGACCAAAGUAAUGUUCCUGAAGAAUGUUGUGGACCUUUGAGGGAAAUUGCAACAUCAAAUGACCAAGAAUGUUUGUGCGCUUUCUUCAACAACCAACAGAUGCUUGAUUCCAUGCAAAUCUCUAGGGAUGAUGCCAUGAAGCUUCCUAAUGCUUGCUCUGUCCCUGUUGAGAUUUCUACAUGCAACAAUGUACAAAGCCCACCAGUAUCAGAUAUAAAUCUAGACCCUAAAAUGUUUGGUCCCCCUGCUGAAUCAUCAAGUGCAACAGGACUCAUCCGUUUUGGUGUUUCAAGUUUUUUUGCUUUGUUGGCUGCUGCUCUAUUUUAG